UUUUUUUUUUUCAUUCAGAUUGAAAAUGCAAGAUCCAUUCAUGAAGCACUAGACAUUUUCAAGGACUGGAACAAGGAUUGGAAUCCCCUCUAUUGGGUUACUGAUUAUAAUAAAUGCAAUUGAGCAAGCAUUCCCUCAGACAAAAGUUUACUUGUGCCUUUUCCAUCGAAAACAGGCAUGGGGAAGAUGGUUGAAAAAAAAAAGGAUAAUCUACGUGUACCAAAUGACAUGAAGACAUUUCUGGACAUGUGCCAAGAAAUUUCAGAAUCACCAACAGAGAGAGAAUUUAGAGAUCGCGUAGAAGAGUUGCGAACGCAUAAGGUUUCUCAGAGAAACGAGCGUGCAUGGCCAUACUUUCAACAGCAAUGGCUAACGGUAUGUGAAAGAUGGGUGAAAGCGUAUGAGGACAAGGGCAGAUUUGCAACCAUUGACACUACAAAUGGAGUUGAAGCCAUGAACAAGGUUGUAAAACAUUUUUUCCUUAAACACAAUUCAGACAGGACUUUAACUGGGGUUACUAAGGUUAUAAUAAACCAGUUUCUUCCAAGACUAAUUAGAAAGUACUGUCUGCAGAAUUCUGCCAUCAAAGCUUAUAACAAAGAUGUUCCACUGUUUUUGCAUAAAAAAACAAACAAGUUUGUGAAACAUGUCAUGCAGCGAUAUGCAACAGCGAAAGUUGAGUUAACUGCAAGAUCAGUGAGUAGGAGAUCGGAUGGUUCAUUUUGUGUGGAGAGUGCAAAGUCCAAAAACUGUAGUUAUGUUGUAAACUUUGAUAUACCAGAUUGCACAUGUGAAGAUUUUCGGAGAUAUAAAUACCCAUGCAAGCAUUUCUGUGCAAUCUUUAUUUUUUACCCAGAAUGGGGUUUUGAUAAAAUGCCAGAAAGUUAUAAGACUAGUCCAUUAAUCUGUCUUGAUGAAAUGUAUGGGGUGGGCUUUAGAAGUGGCUCUUUAGUAAUUUCAUGCGAAGGUAGUAGUAGUAGUGAUGAAGCUGUUGAGGAGGCUGUCGAGGUUGAGGAGGCUGUCGAGGUUGAGGAGGCUGUCGAGGCAGCAAAUACAGAUGGUCUUGUUCAAACCCAGAAUAUUCCUUUGCAGCAGUUUGAAGCAAGGGAGCUGUGUAAACAGAUUUAUAAUCUCACAUACAACUGCAGCAACAGCGAAACAUUACAAGAAGUACUUGAAUCACUGAGCAACUGUGUGCAAGAUUUGCAAUUAGCAAAUCCUGAAGUUGGUGGUCUCCCAUUAGCAGUGCCAUCAACUUCCAAACAAUAGCGAAGAACGAUGCCAAAAGCCUUAAGAGAUCUGUCUUAAACACAUUAUAACUUUCCAUUUGAAGGGUAUGAAAUGACGGUUUAUUUGAAUUUUAGAUAGCUCUUUGUCUAUGUAAAAUACGAAUAAGCUCCAUCAUUUCUGAUCCUCGAGAUGGAAUGCUAUGAGGUCUUUAUGUUGGUCUCUGCUUUUAAACUUUGUUGCACAUUUGAAUUUCGAAGUAGCAAUAGAUAAAAUAUUAUAAAAAGGAUAGUUGCUACAUUUGUGUGUGUGUUUGUGAGUGAGUGUGCGCGCGCGCUUUAGAAAAGGCCCUUGUUGCCCGAAAGAUAAGUCCGACAGUCUUUUUGUUGUGCCUUUCUGUGACUCAGCAUCUUCACUAUUUGGUGAGCAGCAACAACUAUCCUUUUCAUAAUAUUGUUACAUUCCAUCCUGGAUUUUUUGUUGUUCACCACAGAAAAGGUUUUUCUGAGGAAUUAAACUAGAUAAUAGUGUAGAACUUGCAAACUUUUUAAAAUAUGAAGUAAAAGAUUUUAACUUUAAAUUAGGUUAAUUCAAAUAUGGGACAAUGUUGAGAAUUGAAAAGGUUGAAAAAAUAAAUAAGAUAUAUCUUAGUGGCAUUGAGAUGUCGUAUGACUGAUGGAGAAAAGAUUUUGCAUUUCUUUUUCCAAGUAAGAAUGCACUUGCUCUCACUUGCUUCAAUACAUGUCUAGUGAUUCACGUGAAACAGAGAAAAAGAUAAAGACUGCCCUGUUAAUGAACAUCUGAGAUUGCCCAGUAGCACUCUGACAGAAGAGUGUGCUGUUUCCUUGAUAUGGUAUCUGGUCAGCAAUGCCAUUGGGACCAAAUGAAAGUUACUGCAGAUACCACACAGAAGCAAUUACUGUUACUGGAAUACCAGUAAUGUUUAUUAAAUUCAGUUAUAAAGUAGUUCUGGGCAUUGCAGCUGGUGAGCAAUGUCAUUGGGCACCAAAAGAAGUUCAGUUACGAUGGAUUUCUGGCCUUCAGUCUAUGGGAAAAUUCACACCAGAUUGCAUCAAGACUGUUAUAUUCCAAGGAUAUCUUGGAAGAUUGAUAGUAUUCCUGAAGGAAAACAAUCCAUGUAGUAUUUCACGUGUGUAUCAAACUGCGAUUUGUUGUGGCACAUAAAUGUUUGCAACUUGAUUGUAAUUUUUGACAGGUUUCUCAACAAUCCAAGAAUUUCUUGUAAUGAGAAGUAGACAUUGUUGCUUGGCUAAAGGAAAUACAAAUCACGGUCAAUACAACUACCUUAUUAACUUUCCACAGAUAAAUAUUUUUCACUACUGCUACUUAAAAAUUCAAAUGUGUGACAAAGUUUGCUUACAGAACUUGGCAUAAAGAUCUCCCUUAUUUGUAUUUUUUAGAUAGCUCUUAUUGUUUGAUCCUUCAAAUGGAAUGCUAUGACCUCCAUGUGAUCUAUUCCUUAGUAGUUAAUUAUCCAUUAAGGCACAAAUAUAUGAACAUUACAAUGAGAGGGGUCUUUAUGCCAGGCCCUGUAAAAGUAAUGGCAUCUUACUUAAUAUUAUUGUUGGGAAUUUGAUGGCACAGCUGUGGGGAGACCACAAAUUUCAGGGUUUGCUAACUGCAAAUCUGGCACACAGUUGCUGAGUGAUUCAAGUACUUUUCAUGAUGUUUCACUGUUGAUACAGUUGUAUGUGAGAUUAUAAACCUGUUUGAACAACACCUUCACUUCAAAUUGCUGCAAAGAAAUGGUUAAGGUAUCAGUGUGAUGCUCUAUGUGUUUCCUCAACUGUGUCCUCAUUGCUACUAUCUUCAUGUGAAAUUACUGCAGACACACUUCUGAAACCAAACCUGUACAUCUCGUGAAGACGGAUUAAUGGGCUAUUCCUGCAGCUUUCUGGUAUUUUAUCAAAACCCCACUCUGGAUAGAAAAUAAAGAUUGCACAGAAAUGCUUGCAUGGGUAUUUAUAUAUCUCAAAAUCUUCACAUGCACAGUUUGGUAGAGCAAAGCUUACAACAUAAUUACAGUCUUUGAACAUUGUACUCUCCAUACAAAACAUUGUCCAACUUCACAUUCACUAAUCUUGCAGUUAACUCAACUUUCCCUGGUGCAUAUGACUGCAUGACAUGUUUCACAAACUUGCUUUGUUUUUUC